AUGGCAACGGCAACGGCCCCUACAUACACUUUGUUCCUCGGAACUUUUAUCCAUCUUCCCCGCAAACCGACUGGGGUGGAUCCGGAUGCGAAAUGGCGACCCGAGCUUGAGAUUAAUCACGGCGCGUUAUGGGUUUCGAAUAGCGACGGGAAAAUCGCGGGGUAUGACUGGUUUUUCUCACCAGCUGACGGCAACGUGAAGGCGUUGGCGGAGAAGUUGGGGCUGAGCGGAAAGGUCACGGAAGUGGUUCGCGCAAGGGAGGACAGGAAUGAGUUUUUCUUCCCCGGAUUUAUCGGUAUGCCCCCUUCGUCCCCUAAGCAUAGCCAAUGGCAUCAGGCAGAGGCUGACAAAACGGAAGAUACACACAUCCACGCCCCGCAAUACCCCAACUCGGGCAUCUUCGGCUCCUCGACCCUCCUCGACUGGCUCGAAACAUACACCUUCCCCCUCGAAUCCUCCUUCAGCGACACCUCCAAAGCCCGCGCCGUCUACUCGCGCGUCAUCGCCCGCACGCUCGCCAACGGCACCACCUGCGCCUCCUACUUCGCCACCAUCCACGUCCCCGCCACCAACCUCCUCGCCUCCCUCUGCCACGCCCGCGGCCAGCGCGCCCUCAUCGGCCGCGUUUGCAUGGACAACCCCUCCUUCUGUCCGGACUAUUAUCUCGACCCCUCGCCCGAAGCUUCCGUCACCAAAUCCCAAGAAACAAUCGCCCACAUCCACUCCAUCGACCCAGCCGGCACGCUUAUCCACCCCAUCCUCACCCCGCGCUUCGCGCCGACCUGCUCCGCGCCCGCCCUCCGCGGCCUCGCCCAGCUCGCAAACUCCUACAAUCCCCCGCUCCACAUCCAAACCCACCUCUCCGAGAAUACAGGCGAGAUAUCUCUCGUCCGCGAGCUCUUCCCCCAGAGCAAGGACUACACAUCUGUAUACGACGACUUCGGGCUCCUCACGCCGCGCACGAUCCUCGCGCAUGCGGUGCAUCUGUCCCCGUCUGAGCGGGAACUGAUUGCGUCGCGGGGCGCCAAGGUAUCGCAUUGUCCCGCGUCGAAUUCAGCGCUGGGGAGUGGGAUUUGCGCUGUGAGGAAAUUGCUAGAGGCGGGGGUGGAGGUUGGACUGGGCACGGAUGUGAGUGGCGGGUAUAAUUGCAGUGUGCUCGAGGCGGUGCGGCAGGCGUGUCUUGUUUCGAGACUGUUGAGGCAUAGUCAUAAUCAUUCUCAGGAAGGUGGCAGUGAUGGUGAGGAGGUGCUGAGUGUCGAGGAGGGGUUGUACCUUGGUACGCGGGGCGGCGCGGCGGUUGUGGAUCUGGCCGGGGAGAUCGGGGGCUUUGAGGUUGGGAUGUCCUUUGAUGCGCAGAUGGUUCGGCUGGGUCAUACUCAUACGUCGUCCUCGGCGGCGGCUGAGCACGGGGUUGUAGACCUGUUUGGGUGGGAGUCGUGGACGGAGAAAGUGCAUAAGUGGGUGUGGACGGGGGAUGAUCGGAACGUGAGGGCCGUUUGGGUUCGGGGGACGUUGGUUCACUCUUUGGAUGAAGGACAAUCGGAUGUGAGCACAUCGGGGAGAAAGAAGGCUACGUGGACCGGGACGGGCUGGGAGUCGAGGUGGUGGUUGUGUGGGUUGGGGUUUGUGAGCGCUUGGUUCGUUUUUGAUAGAGUCAUGCGGUAG